AUGCACGCUUCGUCUCUUCUCACCCUUGCGGCGCUCGCCGGCGCCGUCGCCGCCCAAGUCGAGUGCACCAACUACGUGGUGACGUCCAAGAGCUCGUACGACACGACGUGCGACGGGUCGCAGGGCACGCACGCAUGGCCCGUCGGCGUCGACGCGAGCUACUGCCACGGCUGGUCGGCUUCGGACGCGAGCGGCAACACGCAAAAGUACUCGGCCACGAACCUCCGCUGCAGCUCGGACAGCACCAUGUUCCUCUACACGCAGCACGACGGCACGACCGACUGCAGCUCGAUCGCCAACAACGUCAAGGAGCUCAACUUUACGCUGAGCUGCACGAAGGACGUCGCCAACUUGUACCAAACGGGUCUGGACUUUAGCUGCUGCAACCAGCGCUCGGCGGCCUUUGGCAACUGCAACCGCGCCCAGCCCGUCGUCACGUGGCCCACGUCGCAGCCGCUGAGCAAGUUUCAGACGUUUGCCAACGGCCAGCUCUGCGCCGGCAGCGACGGCAACUCGACGACCGCGCCCAAGACUAAGCCGGCCGUCACGACGACCAAGCCCGCUCCGACGACGGCGGUGGCCACGCCGGCCCCCAGCAGUGCCAGCCUCGCCUCGAUCGCCGUCUCGGUCACGGCCGUGGCCGCGGUCGCGGCGCUUCUGUAA